UGUUUUUUUUUUCUUCCCUUCAAACAUACGGGACCUAUUACCAUUCAUUGUUUUCAAAAUGCAAGAUAUGUGUUUGAGAUAGGUCAUAUUUCUUCUAGAUCAACAUUUAUUGUAGUUUGUUAGCUUGCAUUCCUACAGGAAAACACGAGUAGUUCAGAAAUAACUUUACUAGAGCCUUGUAAAGGACACUUUGCUGCUGUGUGUGGUCAGCAAACAUGCCUCUCGGGUUAAAACCAUGCUGUUCUGUCUGCAAGACCAGCUCUUCUUCCAUGUGGAAGAAAGGAAACCAGGGGGAGGUUUUGUGUAAUAACUGCACGGGUAAAAACAUUACUAGUGGAAGCUCCGGAGCUUCUGCCUCAUCCACCAUCCAGCAGAAUAACGGCGGAGGAAAACAGUCCAAACAUGAAAUCCACAGACGCUCCGCUCGGUUACGAAGCACCAAGUACAAAGCUCCGGCAUCCGAGAAGAAAGUCUCAACCAAAGGAAAGGGCAGACGACACAUUUUCAAAUUGAAAAAUCCUAUCAAAGCACCAGAGUCCGUGUCAACGAUUAUCACGUCAGAGUCCAUGUUUUACAAGGGCGUCUAUUAUCAAAUAGGAGAUGUCAUUAAAGUAAUAGACGAGGACGACGGUAAACCGUAUUACGCUCAGAUUCGUGGUUUCGUCCAGGAUCAGUACUGUGAGAAAAGUGCUGCAUUAACUUGGCUGAUCCCGACUCAGAGCAGUCCUCGAGAUAGGUUUGAUCCUGGCACAUACAUUGUUGGCCCUGAAGAGGACUUGCCAAGAAAAAUGGAGUACCUGGAGUUCGUCUGUCACGCCCCGUCAGAGUACUUCAAAUCCAGAAGCUGCCCUUUCCCAACAUUACCAAUUCGUCCAGAAAAAGGCUACAUCUGGACUCAUAUAGGACCGAUGCCUGCUGUGGCCAUCAAAGAAACUGUAGGGUGACGUCAACCCCCGAAAUCAGACUUUUUUAAAUUUCCAAGACAUUUCAAUAGAAUUUCAAGAACUGUGAUGACGAUUGUGUGUGGAGUUGGCCAUCGAACAGUAGAUUCGAAAGAAACAUUUUUAUAGUAAAAUUGCAAAUGGAAACUUUAUGCAUAAAGUUCAGUUUUGCAACACAUCAUGCAUACUUCAGACGUGUAUAAAGUCAUAUCCGGUUAA